CUACCCCCCCCUCCCCUCCCUCCCCAUGCCAGACGGAUCCGCAAUGUUCCACUGCCCCUCAUCCCGGCAGGUGGCGACACCCGACCCACCGCCUCGCGCCGCGCCGUUUCGCCUCGGCGACCUCGCAUACGAGCUGCAAGAGAUGAUCCUCGACGCGGUCGCCGACCUCCCCGUCCCCGCUUUGUGUGCCGCCGCACGCGUCUGCUCCGCCUGGCACGCGCGCUUCAUCCCACCCCUCUACUCCUCCGUCUCGCUCAGCAAGGCGGACCGCGACUGCGUCCUCCACGGCCUCGGGCUCGACUACCUCACCCCCGCGGCGCUCGAGGCGCGUGCCGCCGAAGCCGGGGGCGUUGCGGCCUAUGCCGCCGCAGGGACGAACCGCAAAGCCUCUGCCCUGGCUCACGUGAAGACGCUAAGCGUCGCCGACUCGAGCGCGGCCGCGAGCCUCGCCGAAGCGCUGCUGAUGCACGGCGCCCUCUUCCCGUCCGUCGAGGAAAUGCACCUCGGCCCCCAGCUGUUCCGGUACCUCGUAAACAGCGUGGCGAGCUUUGGGCGCCCGCGCAGCGGCUCCGCCUUUGUCGGUGAAGUCAUGGUAUCCCGCCUCCGGCCUCGGCGCGUGCGCGUCGACUUCCCGCCCUCGCGCGGCGCCGGGUCGUUCGACCCCGUCCUCCUUGCGCGCGUCACCGCCGUCCUCGUGACCGAAUGGAAGCCCGACAGCAUCGACUACCACAACAUCGGAUACAACCUCCCGCUCGCGCUCGGCCCGCUCACCAGGAUACACAACAGCGCCCCGUGCUCCCCCGAUGACGUAUGGGAGGCGGAGGAGGCGGCGGGCGGCGGGUGUCGCGCGCACGCGCUUACCCGCAUGCACCUCCGGCGCACGUAUGGCGAAGGCGCCCGCGCCGACGUCCUCGAGGCGAUUGCCGAGGCCGCAGACCCCACAGACGACGGCGACAUUGACCCGGACACCGUCCCCGACCCCGCGGCGGCGAGGGUAGAGUACUACGGUGUACCAUGUAUCGCCGCGGCCGACCGCGACGCGUUCCUCGAUAAGACGUUUGCUCACUGGCCCGUUGACGUCGGCGUCGACGUCGCUGCCCACGUCAAGUUCUUCCCAUAGCUGCGCAUUUGUUUCCCACUGCAUAGUCAUCUCUGCCACAACCGCACCCGUUGUAUUUGUACCUCUAUGCUCUAAAUAGCAUGCACACGCAAUGUUCGCCAGCCGCAGCGGGAGCGCAGGCGAGAUCGGCCGGCCGCAAUGGCCAGUUAUCCGGGGCGCUUGUAUGCAUGCUCGAUCGCG